AUGCCUGGACUUGAGAUCGUUCAGCCGGUUUCCACACCCGAAGACUUCCGUCUGCCUUCCGAGUACCUGGGACUGGGCCGCCUCGAUGCCAAACCUGACCAGGUGGGCUCACGCGAGGCUGUCGCCAGUCUUCUGCACCAGAAUCACGAGAAGUUCCACAUGUACUUCCGCGAUGUUGCAGGCCACAAUCAUAUCCCGCACGCCGUUCUCACGACGCUCGCUAUGGGCGGCGGCCCCAAGGAGCUCAGGCGGGCGUAUGAUGACGGCGAGGGCAUCCAGCGCCCCAAGAAUCCCGCUGAUCCUCAGAUUGUCGAGGAGAUGCGUGAUCCGGUCAAGUUCCGCGAGCAUAUGCAGAACAUCGAAGAGUACUCCAACUUCUUGGCAUUUUUCGAGAAGGAGAUCGCCGCCAAGGACGGUGACUGGAGGGCAGUGGUGAACGAAUAUGUCUUCAGCCGGAGCCCCGAGGCCGACUUCCUCCUCACCCAGAUCUUUGAGGGACUAUUCCAUCCCAUAAUUCAUAUGGGUUUCGGCAUCGAGUUCGAGCUGCCCGGCCUCGUCGCAGAAGGUCUCGCACAUGCCGCUAGCCACGAUCCCAUGUACAUUGACGUGUACUUCUUCCGCGCCGAAGAGCUAGCUCAGAAUGGCGGCAUCGCGCCCAAGCCCCUCGCCCAGCUCUACAAGGACAUUCGCGCCAACGAGACCAUUCGCACGGCUCCUAGACUGCCUGAUGGACCUUGGAAGGUCCGUGACGGCAUUCUCGGCCGCGCUAUGGAGGAGAUCCUUCCCAUCGCCGCGGCUGUGCAGGUUAAGCCCACCCCAGAAGCCGUCCAGCGCGCCAUCGCCGAGAUGAUCAGCUGCGCCGCCUGGACCUGCGGUAGCUGCCAGAAGCCCGGCAAGGAGGCCAAGAUCGACUUCUUCAUGAUGCACAACGUCACCACCUCGAUCUUCCUUUCUGUGCUGAACCAGCAGCCCUGGAUCAAGAUCGAGGACAAGGCUCGUCUGGUCGAGUUCAAGAUGCGCCUCGACCUCGUGUGGUACGCCGCGAGUGCUGCGCCGGAGAUCACGCCGGAGAGGUUGCUCAACUAUGAGCCCACUGUGAGCAAGGGCAUGGACUGGUAUCAGCUAUAUCAUGUAGUGAACCAGCAUCAUGACGAUGGACAUGUCGCAAAAUUUGUGAGGGCCUGCAAGAACGGGGAGGACGCUUCUCGUCCAUACGAGCAGGAGGCUGCUAAUGGCCAUCAAAACGGCAGUGCUUCUACUGAUUUCCUACCUGUCAAGGGCGGCACGUGGCUUAAGCUUGCACAGAUGUGCUAUGACUCUACUUACAUGUUCGUCGAUGGUCAGAAGAAGUGGGUUUGGGGUGCUGGAUUCGAUCCUAUGUGGAAGGACAUUCGGGACACCCCCUGUUGA